GUCAACUUCAGAUUUGGCGCGAAAAGACAUUGUUGGAGAAAGAAGUAAACACUGGGCUUAAAUAUCUUCAUCGACAGAUCAAAUCAUGUCGUCACCAACUGGAACACCUCGCUCCAGGAGGAGUAAACGUGGUCGCAGCUCUGAACCAGAAUCUCAACCGGAGAGUGAACCAAGAACACCUAAGAGUCAAAAAAGCAAAGCUGCCACACCUUCGCGACGUUCUUCAAGACGUACGCCUGGAAAGGAGCCUACAGAAGCUACUUCACCCCCAAGUCAACGUCGUCGUGUUGACACAUCCCCAGGAAGUGGUCUCGCCCCCAUGCCUUCAUCCCCACCCACAGGUGACCAACAACAAGAGACAUCUCUAUUUUCAAGUCCCCGUGGAGCAAACUCCUCAGGAGGAGUUGGAACCAGUGAGAUUGAUCUUAGCUCCCCACUUAACUAUGGCACCCCCAGUUCCAGGGGCGCAGGUACCCCCAGAACCCCAGGUGCAGCUGCUACCCCAAUCAGACAUCGCCCUGACAUCCGUAGUGACAGAAAGAUGCGCCAGGUCAAUGUUGGCGCAGGAGGAAGUGAUCCAGAAGGAACACGCGUCACCAGUGACAUCAUCAGUAGCGAGAGUAACGCGGGUCCUCAUUUGGUAAUCUGGGGGACCGAUGUGGUGGUUAACCACUGCAAGGAGAAAUUCAAGCAGUUCGUUCAGCGAUUUAUUGACCAUGAAGUAGACCAAGAUGAACAAUUUGAUGGCAUGGAUAUCAACGAACCACUGUACCUGCAAAGACUCGAAGAGAUCAACCUUGUCGGAGAACCUUUCCUGAACUUCAACUGCAAUCACUUACAACAGUUUGACUCUGAGCUCUACAGGCAGCUGUACAAUUACCCUCAAGAGGUCAUACCCACAUUUGAUAUGGCUGUUAAUGAGCUGUUUUUCGAUAGGUACCCAGACAGUGCCCUGCCACAUCAGAUCCAAGUACGACCAUACAAUGUAGAUAAAACCAAAAAUAUGAGAGCUCUCAACCCAGAAGACAUUGACCAGUUGAUCACAAUCAAUGGCCUUGUGAUCAGAACCUCCUAUCUCAUUCCCGAGAUGAGAGAAGCAUUCUUCCGCUGUGCCGUUUGUCAGAGCACCGCAACAGUUGAGAUCGACAGAGGACGUAUAGCAGAACCUACCCUUUGCCAGAAUUGUAAUACAAACCAUUCCUUCACUCUGAUUCACAACAGAUCACAGUUUACAGAUAAACAAAUGAUCAAACUUCAGGAGUCACCAGAGGACAUGCCACCAGGUCAAACUCCCCACACUGUUGUGAUAUACGCCCACAAUGACCUUGUUGAUAAAGUUAUGGCGGGAGACCGUGUCACGAUCACUGGAAUAUACAGGGCAACCCCUUUGAGGAUGAAUCCAAAACAGAGAAAUGUGAAAUCUGUAUAUAAAACUCAUAUUGAUGUAGUCCACUACAGGAAACAAGAUACCAAGAGACUGCAUGAAGCUGAUGAGGAUGGUGAGAUCCACCUGAGUGACGAAAGAAUAGAGGAAAUCAAAAAACUUUCCAAAACACCUGGCCUCUACCAGAAACUUGUAAACUCCAUCGCACCCAGUAUAUAUGAGAAUGAAGACAUCAAGAAAGGAAUCAUUAUGCAGUUAUUUGGUGGAUCUAGGAAAGACUUCACAGCAUCUGGGAGAGGACAUUUUAGGUCAGAAUUGAACAUUCUUUUAUGUGGAGACCCAGGUACAAGUAAGUCUCAGCUGCUCCAGUAUGUCCACCACCUUGUGCCCAGGGGCCAGUAUACAUCAGGGAAAGGAUCCAGUGCUGUUGGAUUGACUGCCUACAUUACAAAGGACCCCGAGACAAGACAACUUACGUUACAGACUGGAGCAUUGGUACUUAGUGACAAUGGUAUCUGCUGCAUUGAUGAGUUUGACAAAAUGAACGAAUCAACUCGCUCUGUUCUACAUGAAGUCAUGGAGCAACAGACUCUAUCUAUCGCCAAGGCUGGAAUCAUCUGUUCCCUAAAUGCCCGCACAUCAAUCCUUGCUGCUGCCAAUCCAGUUGGGUCUCAGUGGAACAAGAAUAAGACGAUCAUUGAGAAUAUUAUGUUGCCACAUACACUUCUCUCAAGAUUUGAUUUGAUCUUCUUGAUCCUUGAUCCCCAAGAUGAGCAAUUUGAUCGUCGCCUUGCCAACCAUCUCGUCUCCCUCUACUACAGAUCACAUGAACAAGAAACAACUGAGGAAUUGGAUAUGGUGAUGUUAAAAGAUUACAUAUUGUAUGCCAAGACCCAAAUUCAGCCCAAGAUCACCGAGGAUGCCUCCACAGCCCUCAUUCAGGAGUAUAUACUCAUGCGCAAGAUGGGCAGUGGCAGAGGACAGGUGUCUGCAUAUCCAAGGCAACUUGAAUCUCUCAUCCGAUUGGCCGAAGCUCAUGCCAGAAUGAGGCUCUCAGAUCUAGUUGAAAUUGAUGAUGUCACAGAAGCCAGAAGACUUCAGAUGGAAGCCCUAAAACAAGCCGCAGUUGACCCAUCUACAGGCAAAAUUGACAUUACAAUCCUGACAACUGGAAUUUCGGCUGGUGCACGUAAACAGCGUAUUGAGAUGAAGGAGACAAUGAAGAAGCUUGUGAAGGGCAAGGGAAGGAACAAAGUAACAAUUAACAAGCAGAAACUCUAUGAGGAGAUGAGAGAGCAGUCUGAUGUGAAAAUUACCCGAGAUAUGUUUGACGAAGCAGUGCGAGAUCUCCACGAGGAUGAAUUCUGGAUCCCUGUUGGAAAUGUCUUGCGGCUGUGUGCUUAGAGACAAUGAAGAAUCAGGUUUGAGAAUUUCCGAGAAGUGAGAAUUUAUGAUGAACAUUUGGAAUUUUGGAAUUAAAUAUACAAGGAAAAUGUUAAAUUAGUGACGCCAUCAUAAUGGAGUAUUACGUACAUCAUACAUGUAUGUAUAAUGUAUAAAGAAAUCUUGAUUAUGUACAAAUAGAUGGAAAUAUUGUAAUCACGUAUCUUGCUGCUUUCAAAUCAUUUUUGAGAAUUCUUGGGAUUUGAGCAUUUAGUAUGAACAUGUGAAAUAUGUCUGGAUUGAAAAAUAGUAGUGAAAUAAAGGAGACAGACAAUGUGAAAACAACAGAAACAUCCUUAUAUUGGAAUAUUUUAUAUACAAGUUGUAUCACUUGUAAUGUGUAUAAUGUAUAAAGAAAUCUAGAAUAUGUGGGAGGAAAUACUGUAAUGGACUAGCACUAACGUUUAUACGAUCCUGAUAUUAUCAACAGGUGGUAGAAUGUGUAAGAAGUAUGAAAGUUCAAAUUAAAGAAUAUUUUUUCCUGUUUACAUUUCCUUUGUGAUAUAGUAUUGCCAACACUUAUUAUCUCAAGCAUGUAAAAAGAUUAAGAUCUUUGAAUUAUUAAAAUAGCAAAAAUAGGAAAUAUAUUUUUUAUUUUAAAUGUCACUGUUAUAAAAACAGUUAAUCAUUGGUAAGGAGUGUAUUCAUUUUUGUGAUAAUUAAUGAAUGAUAC